UUGAUAACAAACUAGGUCAAAUGAGAGAAAAUGCGUCUCAUGUUUGCACUCCUCCUUUGCAUUGUUUUUACUCAAACUCACGUUUGCAACCCCAAAUUGAAACAGCUCAAACACCAAAUUAGCAAAAAAAUUAACAAUGCUUUAUACGAGUUGGACAGCCUUGAAACACAAGCUAGAAUAAAUUUGAAAAAUCUCAAGACUGAUUAUGGUUUUUGCUACGUUGAAAAUAAGUUACACAAGCUUAGAGAAAUUAUUAGGAAGUAUCAAGAAUUUUACGUGGGGGCAAAGCCUGGGGAUGAUUUGAGUCAAAUCGAUUUAGAUUUUGUUCAACUAAAAGACGAGAUAUCGCGAAUUAACAAGAAAUGUAAUGACGCGAUUAGGAAAACUUGUGAGAAUAAAUAAUGAUAACAAGUAGUGUCAGUGUUAAAUAAAGAAAUGUCUUCUCUAGUCAAGUUUUUUCUAAUCCUGAUUUUUUUCCACCAGGUGAGUUUAUACAUUCAAAUUGUUUUUUUGUAACUUUGGACUUUGAAGGUUUGCAAUGAGCCGAUCAAUUAUUUCGAACUUUCAGUCGUUUCAAUUAAA